UGCAAUUAGCAAAGCGGAGGACAACCACAUGACUUGCGUCAAGCACUCUUCUUGCACUGCCUGUUUCUUGCCAUCACCAUCUCAACACCCACUACCUCGCACGCCAACGAUGGAAACAACGUUCUUGGGCAGCAGCGGGCUGCGUGUGUCACGCAUCUGCCUGGGCACAAUGACGUUUGGCAAAUCCCUCAAGGGCUUGCAGCAGUGCACGAAGCAGGAGUCCUUUGACAUCCUGGACAAGUUUGUUGAAUUGGGCGGAAACUUCAUCGACACAGCAGACGUGUACUCUGGCGGAGAGACAGAGACCAUCCUGGGCGAGUGGAUGAAGGAGCGAGACAACAGAGAAUCCCUUGUGAUUGCCACAAAGGUUCGCUUUGGGAGCGGCGACAAGGACAUCAACGGCGUCGGCCUCAGCCGCAAGCACAUCCUUCGCAGCAUCGCCGCCAGCCUGAAGCGACUGCAGACAGACUACGUCGACUUGUAUCAGAUGCACUGCUGGGAUGAUGGCACGCCAAUUGAGGAAACGCUCAUGACAAUCCAUGAUCUCAUUCGACAGGGCAAGGUCAGCUGUGUAUUCUGGGUUGUGUGUACUCUCUCUCUCUCUCUCUCUCUCUCUCUCUCUCUCUCUCUCUCUCUCUCUCUCUCUCUCUCUCUGUCUGUAUCUCUUUAUGCGCAGUACAGCUUGCUGUGUCGCUGGACGGAGUGGGAGCUGCAGCCAGUGUGCCAGCGGGAGGGGCUGUGCCUCAUGCCCUGGUCACCGCUCAAGGGCGGCUGGCUGACGGGCAAAAUCAAGCGCAACGCACCAGCACCAGCAGGGUCGCGCGUUGCGUGGGCGGAGAGCCACGGGUCGAAGUUGCAGUCCCAUCCGGGCCUGUCCACCUUCAAGGACCAGGCAUUCGUGUGGCCGCUGCUUGCUGCGCUGGACGGCGUGGCAAAGGAGUGCGGACGAACGACAGCACAAGUUGCUCUCAAAUGGCUCUUGCAGCAGUCGGCCGUUGGCACAGUUGUGAUUGGUGCGCGCACUGUGGAUCAGCUGGUUGAGAACUGCCAGGCCGGCAUGGACAACUGGACCAUUUCUCCGCAGGACAUGGACACCCUCACCCGCCUCUCAAAGCUCGACGUGCCAUAUCCCUACGAGAUGGUGUGGCGGAUGCAGGCGGGACGACAACACGACUGAUUUCAGUCACACACAUACACUCACUCACACACACACACACACACACACAUUUCUGUAUGUUGAUGGUUCUUCAUGCGAGUAAAAUAAAGCAAUCUCAAGAG